AACUGCUUAAUCAGUAUCACACAACAAUAAUGAAUGGAAACACGGAGUAGCCAAGAAAGUUGAGGAGCUUCUGAGACUAUGGGUCAGCACUUGAAAUCGUUUUUUCUGGAUAAAAAAAAAGACAAAGUCCAUAUUUUUUAAAUGAUGGGUUGGCCGGUGAAGUCGGAUACUUCAUUCUGGAAGCGAAGGCAGCUGUAUUUUUGUAGAAACUUUUGAUUUUCCUUCUUUUUUCUCCUCACGCGCGUGGUUAAAUGGCAUUUUGGGACAGCACAACGAGACUUCAGCGCUGUCAGCUUGUUUACCUGGAAACUAUCUGGAUUUUUCUUUGAAGAAAACUGGAAUACUUUUGUUUAUUAUUUCCACUUGGGUCAACACCACCGAGAGAGGGUGAACCUUUAUAGUUUUUUUUUCUAAAUAGAACAUUUGUGAGUGUAUAAAAUGGGGAAUAUAGAAAGUGUUGACGGCCAUUCGGAGAUGAAACACCACAUCAUGCCUCUGAAGGUGCCCAUGCCUGACCCCACCGAGCUGGAGGAGAAAUUUGCCAUUGUUUUGAACUCAAUGAAUCUUCCUCCAGACAAAGCCCGGCUGCUUAGGCAGUAUGACAAUGAGAAGAAGUGGGAUCUGAUCUGUGACCAGGAGAGGUUUCAGGUGAAGAAUCCUCCUCACACCUACAUCCAGAAGCUUAGAGGAUACUUGGACCCUGGAGUCACACGAAAGAAAUUUCGCAGACGUGUGCAGGAAUCUACAAAAGUCUUGAGGGAGCUGGAGAUUUCCCUGAGAACGAACCACAUCGGGUGGGUCAGAGAGUUCCUUAAUGAUGAGAACAGAGGUCUGGAUGUUCUGGUGGAGUACCUCUCCUUUGCUCAGUGUGCUGUCAUGUUGGAUUUUGAGGGCAUGGAAAAGGGGGAAGAUGGCUUCUUGGACAAAUCAUGGAGCAGGUCCAUAGAGGAUCUGCACCAUACGGGUACCCGACCCUUCUGCAACACUCUGGUGCGCUCUGCUCGCCAGUCUGUCUUGCGCUAUGGAUCAGUCUCAAACACCAAAACCAUCAAGAAUUCACGGCUCGUGAGCCAAAAAGAUGACGUGCAUGUGUGCAUCAUGUGCUUGAGAGCGAUAAUGAACUACCAGUAUGGCUUCAAUAUGGUCAUGUCUCAUGAACAUGCUGUCAAUGAAAUUGCCCUAAGCCUGAAUAAUAAGAACUCGAGGACAAAAGCGCUGGUCCUCGAGUUACUUGCUGCAGUUUGCCUUGUCCGAGGAGGUCACGAGAUCAUUCUUUCAGCGUUUGACAACUUCAAAGAGGUUUGCAAAGAGAAACAUCGCUUUGAGAGACUGAUGGAUUACUUUCACUGUGAAGAGGGAAACAUCGACUUCAUGGUCGCUUGCAUGCAGUUCAUCAACAUUGUGGUCCACUCAGUCGAGGACAUGAACUUCAGAGUCCAUUUGCAGUAUGAAUUCACCAAGUUGGGGCUUGAUGACUAUCUGGAGAAAUCUAAACAUACAGAGAGCGACAAGCUGUCAGUGCAGAUCCAGGCCUACUUGGAUAACGUCUUUGAUGUGGGUGGCCUCCUGGAAGACGCUGAGACAAAAAACGCCGCGCUGGAGAAGGUGGAUGAGCUGGAGGAGCACCUGUCCCAUGUGACCGAGAAGCUGCUGGAGGUUGAGAAUGAAACCAUGAUGAAAGUCGCCGAUCUGGAGAAGAUUCUCCUCCAGAAGGAUAAAGACCUGCAGGCCAUCCGGGAGACAUACGAGUCGACCAAUACCCAAGUCAACACCCUGAGGAGGAUGAUCAAGGAGAAGGAUGCUGCCUUCCAGAGACACUUCAACAUCGAGAAGCGGCUCCUGGAGCUGGAGAAGCAGGGCACCAUCCGCCUGCACAAGAAACCCGACGGAGACAUCUCCAUCGAGCCGCUGGGCGUCGGUGGUGGGGACAGCGGCAUUGGGAUCCCUCUCGGGAAUGUCGGGCAGUUUCCUUUGGGCUCAGCAACUAGGCUUACAGACUUUGGAGGUCCAGACGACAGCUUACCACCGGCUAGUGAAGCUCCCCCACCUCCUCCUCCUCCCCCACCUCCUCCUCCUCCCCCUCCUCUACCAUCUGCUUCAGCUGCACCAGUCCCUCCUCCACCACCUCCUCUUGCUCCGCCUCUGCCAGAUUCUUCUCCUUCUGUCAUCCUAAGUUUGGGUCUGUCAGCAAUCAGGAUCAAGAAGCCCAUCAAGACCAAAUUCCGCCUCCCUGUUUUUAACUGGACGGCCUUGAAGCCCAAUCAGAUCAACGGCACCGUCUUCAAUGAGAUUGAUGAUGAGCGAGUGCUUGAGGAGCUGGAUCUGGAGAAGUUUGAGGAGCUCUUUAAGACCCGAGCCCAGGGUCCGAUUGUAGAUCUUUCCUGCACAAAGAGCAAAGUAGCUCAGAAAGCAGCAAACAAAGUUACGCUUCUCGAUGCCAAUCGCUCCAAGAACUUAGCCAUCACGCUGCGAAAAGCCAACAAAACCACAGAGGAGAUCUGCAAAGCAAUCGAGAAGUUUGACCUGAAGGCUCUACCUGUGGACUUUGUGGAGUGUCUGAUGCGUUUCCUGCCCACUGACGCUGAGGUGAAGGUGCUGCGUCAGUACGAGCGAGAGCGGCGCCCGCUGGAUCAGCUGGCCGAAGAAGAUCGCUUCAUGUUGUUGUUCAGCAAGAUCGAGAGGCUCACGCAGAGAAUGAACAUCAUCACUUUUGUAGGGAACUUCGCCGACAGCAUCAACAUGCUCACGCCGCAGCUCAACGCCAUCAUCGCUGCGUCGGGUUCAGUGAAAUCCUCUCCCAAGCUGAAGAGAAUGCUCGAGAUCAUCUUAGCUUUGGGGAACUACAUGAACAGCAGCAAACGAGGCAGCGUUUAUGGAUUCAAACUACAAAGUCUCGAUCUGCUGCUGGACACCAAAUCCACAGACAGAAAAAUGACGUUGCUCCACUACAUCGCCCUGAUUGUGAAGGAGAAGUACAAAGAACUGGCAAACUUUUACAACGAAUUGCACUUUGUUGAUAAAGCCGCAGCAGUAUCUCUGGAAAAUGUGCUGCUUGACGUUCGAGAGCUGGGCAAAGGCAUGGAUCUGAUCCGGAGGGAGUGUAGUCUCCACGAUCACCAGGUCCUUAAAGGUUUCGUCCAGGCCAGUGACACUCAGCUGGACAAGCUGCAGAAGGACGCUAAGGCAGCGGAGGAAGCCUUCAAUAGUGUGGUGAGCUACUUUGGAGAGAGUGCCAAGACAACGCCACCCUCCGUGUUCUUCCCUGUGUUUGUGCGCUUCAUCAAGGCCUACAAGGAUGCAGUGGAAGAAAACGAGCUGAGGAAAAAGCAGGAAGAAGCAAUGAGAGAGAAGUUACUGGCUCAGGAGGCUAAACAGCAUGACCCAAAGGUCCAGGCCCAAAAGAAGAGGCAGCAGCAGCAAGAGCUGAUUGCAGAGCUGCGAAAGCGACAAGCCAAAGACCACCGACCCGUUUACGAGGGCAAAGAUGGGACGAUUGAGGACAUCAUCACAGUCCUGAAGAGCGUGCCCUUCACAGCCCGCACUGCUAAACGUGGCUCACGGUUCUUCUGUGAAGCCAACCUCUGCGAGGACGCCAACUGCUAGCCCUCCCACUCUCUAAUGCCAAGAUCUCCGAAACCAGCCCUUCCUGAGAGCUGAUGCAUUGAUCCGGAGCGGUUGGAAGAGACCCUAAACCACUUAUUCGUCACUUAUACUCCCUCCCCCCUUGUAACACUCCUCCCUGUGUUCCAGUGGUCCGUCUCAAACCCCCGAGGCUGCAGAUCACAACAAAAGGACUGCAAAGGGGGGGAUAGGACAGAGCUCUUGUUUUGGCUGAGUUAUUUAUUUAUUUAUGGAGGUCCAAUUUGCAGCCACUUUCAGAGGCAUCUUUCCAGAACUGCAACAAGGCUGCUUCUUUGGCUUUCUCAGCUCUGUUGGUGCUGAGAGCCCCAUCAGUUGGAGGAUGACUGCCGGACUGGUGAGGCCUGUUGAUGAGUGGUGGAGGAAAGAGUAUGUUUUCACUAAUAAGUGCCUGCCAGCACAUGGAUCUUCUCAUGGACUUUUUUUCCACACAAAAAGCUGUUUGUUUUCUUGACGUGAUGCAGUCGUGACAGGGCUCAGACUGGGAGGCAGCCAGCACUGCUGCUGCUUACGUGUUGGCCUCAAAGACACUUAAAACCUUCCUCUUGUUGACUGAUUAAUAGCUUUGCACCAAGUCUUAAUACAUUCAAUCAAGAUCUUACAUGGAAAGUUAUUUUGAUCGUUUCUUGGAGGAAGGAUGGUCACUUUUACUGGUUCUUUUUGACAAGCCAAAACGUCUCAACUGUAUUUUGCUGAAGAAGUGCCUUCUGUGUAAACAGUAUUAUUUCUUGUGAGUCUGCCAUCAUUUGUUAAUUUUGCAUCUAUUGUUUGUUAAAGAUUGUACUAUUUUUACUGAAACGUGCUAAACCAUAUGCCUUAUAAUACCAACAAUGUGCAAGUUGGAUUUCAGAAGGCACAUGAAGUUGUUAAAGUUGCCUAUUAUAUUUACAUCUAAGUCACAGGACUGUGCAAAAGUCUUGAGUUAUUUGGGGUGCCAUUUUUAAAGUCAAACAGUCAUAACUUAACAGCAAUAAUUUGGAUUAUUUAGCCUGUCAUAAGAAAAAAAUGGGAGUUUAUUUUUCAAAUUUAUGUUUUUACCAUAUGAUUCACACAACUAAAUAUUUAGUUAGCAAGCUAAACAUUUCAUUCUGGGUUAAAUAUCAUUUUUACAAACUAAAUCUUUAGGUCAGACCUAAAUAUUUAGUUUGUAAAAUACAUAUUUAAUUUACUAACUAAAUAUUUAGUUUGUAAAUUAAAUAUUUUGCUUCAAGUUGCAUAUUUAGUUAUUGAAGUAGGGAAACAAACUAAAUAUUUAACUUCAAAAUAAAUAUUUAUUUUCCACGAUAAAGAUUUAAAUCCCAGCUAAAUGUUUUUUUUUGGGGGGGGGGGGGGGGGUAACCUUAAUAUUUAUUUAGCAAACUAAAUGUUAAGCCUCAAAAUAAAUAUUUUAAAAGAAAAAAAUUUAGCUGGGAUCUAAAUAUUUAUUUUAGAAAUUAAAUAUUUAAUUUGGAGCUAAUUAUUUAGUUUGUAAACAAAAUUUAUAGCUCCAAAUUAAUUAUUUAGUUAGUGAAUUAAUUGUUUAUUAUAAAACUAAACCAACUUUAGGUCUGACCUAAACAUUUAGUUUGUAAAAGAAAUAUUUAACUCUAAAACUAAAUAUUUAGUUGGAAACUUUAACAUUUAUAAACCAUGGUGAAAAUGUACUUUUUUCUUUUAUGAUAGGCUAAAUUACCCAAAACAGUACUGUUAAACUAUGACUGACUUUCCAAAUGGCACCCCAUAGAGGCCAUUCUAAUACAUUUAAAUAUGCUGCCAAAAACACCAAGUGUAAUCUUUUGUAGCGGUCUUGAUCAAAAGUUCUUCAGAUUUAGAAAAUUAUUAGGAAUUUGGCUGUUUUUCACUCAUAAAAGUAAGAAAGGAUGGAUUGUUUGAGGACAGAAGAAGUUUUGGACCUAUAGUGUUUUGCAGAUGAACAGUAUGCAAAAGUCACUUUUUUCAUGUUGGUGCAGAAAAACUGUUUUGUGCAUCCGAUUUUGCUGUAUUUAGAUUUUUUUUUCAAACAUUCCACCAAAGAAAUGGGAGAAGUUUGUUUUUUGUGACAGAUUCUGCUACCAAAGUGCCUGGACAGAAGAUUUUUUUUGUGUAGCUGUCAUUGUAUUUCUGAUUGAAUGCCAAAAAAAAAAAAAAAAAAAAAACACCUCUGCAAAUGUUCAAGAAAAAGCAUUAAAAAAAGGCAGCCCAUUAAUAAAAAUCUGAAGAACCAUGGAUCAAGACCACUUAAAAUAUUAUUUCUGAUAUUUUGAAACAAAAUAUAAAGAAAUGAGGGCUGACUUAAGCCCAGUAAGUCCGUGUGCUUUGGUUAAAAAGAGGGUGAUAUGAGAGUCUUAAUGCCUCCGUGUUUUAUCUUUAUUAUAACUGUUAAGGACUGAAUGUGAGGAGCGCCUUGACAACACUUCCUGUCACUUUUUAGGUGACAUUUUGAAAGUGACCUUGAAGACAUUUCCAAUUACACAUUGAAACUGCCAUAUGUGUGUUACAGAUGAAGGUUGUUCUACGCUUUUAUUUUUUGCUCCUAAAGUUGCCUUGGAUCGACAACAUGGUCACACAACUUCAUUUGGCUCACGAUUGUAUGAGACACUAUUCUUUACCUGGGAGAAGCUUAUAUGAAUUUGAAUUAAAAUGAAACCUACUUUGUAGAAGAAGUGAUUCCUUGACUGAAAGAUGAUACUUCCUGUUUAAUAAACACGCUGACAUUAGGAAACUAUCCAGGAAGGGCCGGCCCAAGCACAUAAGGGGCCCUAAGCAGGUUUUCCUAUGAGUGUUAUUUAAUUGUGUCACAUUAAUUAAACUAUUUGAAAGUAACAUCACCAGAAAAACACAGAAUUUACAGUACAUAUCUACAUUUACUGUUUUUUUGUAUUUUAAAUUUUGAGCAGAUGUGAAUAAAAGGUGCAAUCACUAUAAAAUAAAACCAAAAGACACUAGAUAAAUGAGGCUAAACAAAAUAAGAAAUAAAUUGUUUCUCUGUGUUUACUGUA